AUGUUGACAUCUGGGUUCCGGGUUAGGCAUGUUGCGCGUCGUUUGUUUUCUUGCAGCUCAACCGUGACGGCAUCGGAGCCCGCCCUACGAUCGAGAAGUAGCGACACUCUAGCCUCAGCGCGAGGCCGUGUUCCGGCCUCUAUCUGGGCAAAGACAUCGGCGCAACUGCACCUUCGCCGCAAUCACCCGCUCAACACUCUACGCAAGCAUAUCGAGGCGUACAUUCACGAAAAGUAUCCGUCCACUUUCCGCAUGCAUUCAUCAUUGCCCCCCGUUGUCUCGACAGUGCAGUGUUUUGACGAUUUGCGCGUACCACUAGGUCACGUGAGUCGCGCUCCUACAGACACCUAUUAUGUUGACGAUACAACGCUGUUACGAACGCACAUGACCGCGCAUGAUGUGGAACUACUUGCUGCGGGAGAGACUGCAUUUCUUCUGUGUGGAGAUGUGUACCGCCGCGAUACAGUCGAUCGCACGCAUUACCCUGUAUUCCAUCAAGUGGACGCUGCCCGACUCUUUCCGUCGGGGACGUCGCGCAAACAAGUAGAGGAAGAUCUCAAGCAGACCUUAUCCGGGCUGGCGAAGGCACUCUUUGGUGAUGUAGAGAUGAGAUGGGUUGAGGGAUACUUUCCUUUCACUCAUCCGAGUUUUGAGCUCGAAGUGGCGUGGCAGGGGGAAUGGUUGGAAGUGCUAGGGUGCGGGCUUCUGCACAGAGAGGUGCUGCAGCGGGGUGGGGUGAGUGACGAUGUGGAGGGGUGGGCUUUUGGCAUGGGACUUGAACGGUUGGCUAUGGUGUUGUUUGGCGUACCAGAUAUAAGGCUGUUCUGGUCGGAAGAUGAACGCUUUCUUGGGCAAUUCAAUGAAAGGGGGAUCGAAGCACGGUACAAACCAUUUUCAGUCUUUCCGGCUGUUGAGAAGGACGUGUCGUUCUGGGUGGAGGAUAUUAGUAGGUUUCAUGAGAAUGACAUACAUGAAUUAGCCAGGGAAGUAUGUGGGGAUUUGGUGGAGAACGUCAAGGUAGUAGAUACGUUCAAGAAGGGUGGGAGUCUGAGUCUCUGUUUCAGAAUAACUUUUAGAAGCAUGGAGAAGACCUUAACUCACGCCGAGGUGAAUAAGUUGUAUAAUGAGUUUAGAACACAGAUUUCGGAGACUUUGCCUGUCACCUUAAGGUAGAGAAGUAAGGGUGGCAGUCACUGGAAUUCUCUGUCAGUACGCGCACUAGAGCUCGGAGUUCGAAUGUACAUUAUCCUAA